AUGGCAGAAAAUCUGGCUUAUAUUAAAUCUGGCUACUAUGGUUAUCCUGAGGCCAGAGAAGGACCCAAGAUUCCAUUCUCAAACACGCCAGGAUCGAAUCCCGUAUUGCGAGGUCUUCCGCUGGCAGUAGCAGGUUCAGCUGUUGCAAACAUCCGUCUUCUCUCCACUCUGCUGUGGGGAAAUGCUGGGUUCAGUGCCCUGCGUAACGUGGAUCUCGAUGGUUACGAUUCGCGCUGUGAUCCGACCGUUGUUCCAAUAGACAAGUCUGAUGCCGACAUUUCUGCAUCAAUCAAGGCUCUCAGUUCGUCUUAUAACCCAAAUCUAACAAGCACAAACCGUCAUUACAGCAUUAAAGAUUACCACUCCGCAUACGAAGCGGGCAAUGUGACACCCACAGCGGUUGCUGAGGUUUUGCUUGAUCUGAUCUCCAAGCAUCCUAAACACAGGGAUGCAUUCUUGGAAAUAAAAAAGGAGCGUGUCAUUGCUGCAGCUGAGGCGUCUACGCAAAGGUACAAAGCAGGCAAAGCGCUGGGCUUGUUUGACGGCGUACCAGUAGGUGUGAAGGAUGAGGUCGAUCUCCAAGGCUAUUCUAAGUGUUUAGGCUCUGGCGUGGACUUUACGAGUACGAAAGGAACUGUGACAAGCUGGUGUGUGCAAAAGUGGGAGGAAGCAGGAGUGGUAAUUCUAGGGAAGCUCAAUAUGCAUGAGCUCGGUCUUGAUACUACAAACAAUAAUCCAGCUAAGGGGACCCCACUGAACCCUCAUAAUCCGCAUUACUACACUGGUGGCUCGUCCGGAGGCUCAGCGUAUACCGUGGCAGCUGGGCUCUUCCCUGUAAGCCUAGGUGCGGACGGCGGCGGCUCCAUUCGUAACCCAUCCGCAUACUGUGGUCUCUACGGUCUCAAACCCAGUCAUAGUCGAGUAUCAGGAUUUCCCACUACAAGUCUUGCUCCGUCAUGCGGAGUCCUCGGUCCUAUGGCCUCCAGUAUGGCGGACCUCGAGUAUGCCUACCGUAUCAUGGCGAUCCCUAAUCCCUCAGACUCCAUAUCGUCAAUGUUCCCAGUUCCUGUCCCAAAAUCCGUCCGGCAAGAUAGGGUUAUAGGUAUAUGUAAACCUUGGUUCGACCUUGCUGAUUCUUCCGUGCUGAAUGCCUGUCAUGCCGCCAUUUCCCAUUACGAAUCAUCUGGUUAUAAAGUCAUAGACAUCACGAUUCCUUAUCUUUCCGAGGGCCAACUCGCCCAGGCCGUGACGAUCCUUAGCGAAAUAAGCACAGGCGUACCCAGUGUCUCAGGCUUGACCUCGGCCAACAAAAUUUUAAUAUCCGUGGGCAAGCAGACUCCUGCCUCGGACUUCUUAAUUGCUCAGAAGAUGCGUAAUUUGCUGAUGCAGCAUCUUGCUUUCUUGUUCGAACAACAUCCCGGUCUCUUAAUUGUAACACCCACAACGCCGAAUGCAGGAUGGCAUAUUUCUGGUGGGGCGGCAGACCUGAAAACCGGCGUCAGUGAUGCAAAUAUGAGUGUCAGGAGCAUGACUUAUGUCUGGCUGGCCAAUUUCUCGGGAUGUCCAGCGAUUUCGAUUCCAGUGGGCAGAGUGGAUGCGAAGGAAGGGGAGGGUAAGAUACCGGUGGGAUUGAUGGCCCUUGGAGAAUGGGGUGCGGAAGAUUCGUUGAUAGAGUGGGGGAGAGUGGGGGAGCAGUGGGUGUGGGAAAACGGAGAAGACAGAAUGGGAAAGCCGGAGAACUGGGUUGAUGUGUUGGAGUUGGCUAAGAGCAGACAAGAUAUCGGAAAAAGUGACAAUUGA